AUGCAGACUUGGUUUAAAAACCAACGUGUCAAAAGGAGGAGGGAGGAGAAUCAGACUCAGCAAAAUCUGUCACCAGGAGACCCAUGCCAGGUUGUCUCAGUAGAGGAGGAAGAGAUGUCCUUACCGGGCACUUCCGGAAGCACUCAUCCCACGAGUCUCAGCCUUGCAGAUGAUUCUCAUCACGAGCUACCUGAGCUUUCUUGUGCUCAGCAGUGUGAAGGGGCUGCUGCCACUCCUUGCCCUUCAUCCUGCAAUUUCCUGACUGUUCAUCUCCACCAGAUAAGUCUUGGAGACUCUGAUCCUCCUUGGGCCUCCAGUCCUUAUGACAUGGAUCAACUUAUACAGUUAUACGACUUACCUGGGGAUGAUGACCCCAGCAGUCUGGAUCAGUACCUCUUCCCAGAGUGCUCCAGCUGGGGGACUGUGGCCGGCACUGAUCACCAUCGUGAUGGCGAACACAGCUUCAAUCCUGAGAAAGUUCCGUGA